AUGGCCGACUUUGGCGAAUACCCGCCAAAUAUGGCGCCGCAGGAUGCGCUUAUUGUCCGAGAACAAGCUGAACCUGAACACGCUGUGGUACCUUAUUCAGCCGAAGACCUAUCGCGCCCAAAGGCUGGUCCACUGAACCCUUUUAAAGACGAGAGCAACAUCUUGAAGCGCAAGAGUGUCCCGACUGGACACGCUGAAGAGACCUAUCUGAGCGAACACACAUUCCGAAGCAAGCACCGCGCUAUCGAGCGACGAGGUGGCCCCGAGCGCCAGUACCAAACGACUGCAGAACAGAAAGCAGAAGCUGCGAGGAUAAGAGCUGGACGUGAGAGCAAGGGCAGCGCUACAAUUGCCGAAGGUCCUGGCUCUUAUGUCGGACCUUGGGCCCGAUACAAGAAGGCCGAAUACGAAGUCGUUGCAGAGGGUGAGGAGCUGGCAAGCGAUGAAGAAUACGAGAUCGUCGAAGAGGAGGAAGAGGUUGUUGAGAGUGGCACAGUCGUCAAGGCGCCGACGAAGGCGUUGGAACGACGAAAGGAGGCCGAAGAGAUGGGAGACGAGACGACGACAUUCCACGGAUCCGCCGAGUACGAUUACCAGGGAAGAACUUAUAUGCAUGUUCCCCUGGACCUGGACAUCGACCUUCGGAAAGAAGCGGGAAGCGUCACCAAUUUUAUCCCCAAGAAGCAGAUUCACUCUUGGAAGAACCACACCAAGGCAAUUACUGCGCUGCGCUUCUUCCCUACCUCAGGACACUUGCUUCUAUCAGCCAGUGCCGACACUACUGUUAAGAUCUUCGAUAUGUACCACGAGCGGGAGUUGCUACGAACAUACUCUGGACAUUCAAAGGCUCUGUCAGAUAUUUGCUUCAACACUUCUGGCACUCAGUUUCUGUCUUCCUCUUAUGACCGCAUGAUCAAGCUUUGGGAUACAGAGAAGGGUGUCUGUAUUAGCAAGUUCACAACUGGCAAGACUCCCCAUUGUAUCAAGUUUAACCCCGACCCUGAGCAUGCGAACGAGUUCCUGGCUGGUAUGUCGGACAAGAAGAUUGUCCAGUUUGAUAUUCGAACACCAAAUGAGGUUGUUCAGGAGUAUGACCACCAUUUGGCGGCCAUCAACACCAUCACGUUUGUUGACGAUAACCGACGCUUCAUGACAACUUCCGACGACAAGUCCCUCCGAGCAUGGGACUACAACAUUCCUGUUCCCAUCAAAUACAUAGCCGAGCCGGAUAUGUACCCCAUGACGCGUGCAGCUCCCCACCCAAGCGGCAAAUACGUCGCAUACCAGAGCUCCGAUAACCAAAUCUUGGUUUACGGCGCAAACGACAAGUUCCGACAGAACCGAAAGAAGAGCUACCGCGGUCACAACAACGCUGGUCUCGGUAUAGACCUCGACUGCAGUCCUGACGGUCAGUUCCUUGCUUCGGGUGACUCUGGCGGUUACGUGUGCUUCUGGGACUGGAAGACGUGCAAGAUGUACCAUAAGCUCAAGGCUGGUAACCAGGCCAUCACCAGCGUCAAGUGGCACCCUCAGGAGACGAGUAAGGUGGUUACGGCAGGUAUGGAUGGUGAGAUUCGAUACUGGGAUUAG